ACUGCGAGCGGUUGUAAGACCUAUACUCUCACACCAGUUAUCGAACCUAAUGGCUCUAUCACCUAUGACUACUCUGGUCCACCAUCCACAACGACAAGGCCAACAUCAACUUCUAUAUACUCGAAUCCAUCCAACUCCAACUCCCAAUACCACUCCCGCUCCAACUCUCACUCUGACAUGACCAACUCAUCUACAUCGACCUUUUCAUCUUCAACAACUUCCUCACUGAGUAUGUCACCGGAUGAACUAUCAAGGAAGGAUGACCGACUGGACCCAGAGACCGCCAACAGUAGGAGCUGGAGAGACAGUGAGCCAAGGGACAGCGACAGCGAUGAGUGUUUGGAUACAUCGAUCCUCACACAUCCCUCAUUGAUGGAGCCAACACGAGUCAAGAGAGUCAACAUCCAGAACGUUGGCAUCAUAUACAAUCCAUUCUCUGGCUCCAAGAUUGGUGAGAAGAUCAUGAACCAAGCCAGGAAGUACUUUGAGAUACAUGGUUUGAAUGUACAAGUAUUCCCAACCGAACACAAGGGUCACGCUGAGGAGAUAUGUCGUACUAUUGACAUCAAUGCAUUCGAUGCAAUGUGUUUAGUGGGAGGAGAUGGAACAAUACACGAGGCCAUAAAUGGUAUCAUGAAGAGGGACAUUGAAUCCAGAGAGAAGUUCGUCGUGGCAUGCAUACCAGCUGGUACUGGCAACUCAUUCGUCUUGGAGCUUCAAGGCACCUUCAGCAUCAAGCAUAUCUGCGCAAGAAUUCUCAAUGGACUGACAGUGCCACUGGACAUUGCCAAGAUCACCUGUGUCAAGAAGGACUCCAUCGCUCAAUGGUGUGGACAGAGGAAGAUGGAGUACCAGGAGAUUGUCAAGUCGCUCCAGAACGUGCAAUUUGAACACCUCAACUCGCAAGAGGGCUCUGAAUGCUUCCACUCCAAGAAGACACGUCUACAUGAUCUCGCGGACGUGCCCAACGGCAUCCUAAUGGACUUUGCUUCACAAGACGAAAUGAUGGAGCAUGAAGUGUUCUACAGUUUCAACUCACUGCAUUGGGGACUCGGCUCCAAGGUCAACGUCACUGCUGAGAAGAUGCGUUGGAUGGGAAAGGCCGUCAGAUACACCACCGCUGCCGUGCUCGAGCUGUUCAAGGGAGAGAAGAUUCUGGCUAGGAUCGAGUACGAGGAUGUUGACGGCAACAUCAUUGCUCUGGAGGACUUUUACUGCUUGGCCAUCAUCAACAACAUCAAGGGUGCAGCCAAGGGCAUGAAGAUCGCACCCAAGGCCAAGCUGAACGAUGGCCUGUUUGAUCUGAUCCUGAUCAAGUCGACCAAGGCACUGGACCUCAUGACCGUCUUUGCCAAGUUCUACGAUGGAACUCACACCGAGCUGGACUAUGUCGUGUAUCUGCAAGUGAAGCGAUUCAGCAUCACACCAUUCAAGAAGGACAAGGAGAUGAAGCGUCGUCUGCAGAAGGAGAAGAGAAGAAUCAGAGCAGCCAAGCGAGUGGGAUUGGAGACGAAUCGCAGUGAGCUCGACCUUCUCAAGACACAGUGCAACACCAUCCUGGCAGAGCUUGAGGAUCAGAUCGAGGAGGAGAUCAUCGACAUUGACGGCGAGCUAAAGGGCAGCACACCAUUCCUCUGUGAGGUUGUCCCUCGUGCUAUUCGUUUCGUCAUCUAG